CCUUAUUUUCAUCAUCUUCAGUUCUAAGACCCAACCUCAAAUUAUCUCGAUCAAAUAAUUAGUUUCUAUCUCUAGUUAUGGAUUACAACUCAACAAUAAAUUAUCUUGGUCUUUUGGAUAACCUCACAAUCAGUUCUGAUGUCAAAGAUAUUCUGCAGGAUUACGUAAAGUUAAUAUACGAAUCAGAUCUGGAAGAAAAGUACAGCAAACCUAUGAGAUGGAUUGGAAUGUACAUCGCUUUAGCAUCUCUGUAUUGCAUCUUUGCAAUGGCGGCUGAUUUAUUGCAUGGUUUAAGAAGCAAACAGCUAUGGUUUCCAUGCAAAUACUUUACUAUUAAUGCUUUUUCUCUGAGUGUUAUAGCUAUUGCAAUGAAGUUACCAGUGGAUCUGACAUGUCCGAUGCCUGGUGUUGUGGAUCAAGUGGCAAAGCUCGGAAGCGUGGCCUUCAUGUGCACCAUGAUGGCUAAUUUACUUCCUUGUUUAGCAACCAUGGACAGCAAUGCGCUUUUGGCAAACGUCACAGCUUUGGGUGUUAUGGUAAUCACCUUGGCAGUCAAUGUUUGUAUUCAAAUACAUACCGGUGUCGUUGACUCCUACAAAAAAGAGACAAAAGAGAUUGUGCAAAUGGUCAGUGACAAAAAGCUCCCUGGCCCUUUACAGGUCUUGAAUAACGUUCCUUAUUCCAUAAUAGCCGGAAUUUAUGUGACGAUGUUACUCAUGUUGUUGAUAAUACAUGUAUCUUCAUCUCUAGCGAUUCUAAAAUCCAAACUGAUUAUAGAAUCCAAAUACCAACAAGCUCAUGAAAAAGCUUCAAUAUACCUUCAACAGUCAACUGAAGAGUUAUUAACUGUUGAGAAGCUACAAAAGCAUGUGAGCAACUACUGGAUCAUGGCAGGAAGUGGUAGCCCCCAAUUCAUCAUUGCUUGCUUCGCGACAACCACUGCUUCUGGGGUAAUAUGUGGUUUAACGACUAUCUUGCAGGCUCUUACUAUGGGUUGGACAAUUGAAGAUAUAAGGCAAGGUGACUAUGGUUCAGAUUAUGACUGGUCAAUGCCGCUGAUUCUCAUAGUACAAUUUGUCGGAGUUGUACUUGGAGCAGUUGCACCACUUUGUAGAUGUUUUGCAUCCUUAAGCUUUAAGGUGUCCUUCAAAAGCAUUUCUAUGUUCUUUAAAGUAGAAAGCUACUGGACUCAGAAGUUAUCUGAAUGGGAAGAUGGUAGUACUCUGUUCCCGUUUCGUAGCUACAAACGUAAGGUGGUUCUCAAGAAAUUGAAAAGCCUGAUUCUCAACUUUUGUAUAAAACUUCAGAAGGGAGUUGUGAGACUAUGCAACAUAAUAGCAUUGAUCCCGUUUUUCUAUAUGAUAUGCUUUUUGUAUUGUUUUAGUUUUUUGAAGUGGUUGGGACAGGCGGUGUGGAAUUGGUUUGGCAGCGGCAAGGAGAAGCAUGAUGAAAGGGAACGUGGCAUGGUGCUCAAAGCGGGAACACCACCCCACUCCAUAGGUACCUCCCAAAAGCCACUUGGUACCGAGAAACUAGAAAAAAACCCAUAUGUUUUGCAGCUUGAAGAUGAAAUGGAGCUUGCGGAUAGAACAUUGAAAGGUCUUUCAAUAUCUUUGAACCGAUUGAUCCAAAAGAGCGAAAAGAAACAACCAAAAAAUCUUAUGAAGCUAAUCAGCAAAAAAUCUACUAUAGGGUUUCAAGGAGGUAAAAUGUUUGACAACAACGAUCGGGAUUGCUCAAGCUUAGUGGUGGUAACCUUAACAGCCAUUGCCGUUGCUCUUCAUGAGAUCAAUAAGGUGGAAGUUGAUAGCUUGUUGAAAAGUGUGAGGGAAGGUCUUGAAUAUGUCACACUUGUGGAAAAGAACCUUAAUGCUAAUGAUAACUAUGUAAGCAUUCAGAAGGCGGCUGAAAGGUUGUGGCAAGAAGUUGAUGUCAGCCACAAAUGGUUAGGAAUCAGUUUGAAAGACAUUGCAUCUCAAGUGAUUAUAACGGCUGGCCAAGAGGAUGCAACACUGCAAAUUGUUCAGUUAUUCUUGGAAAAAGCUAAAAACAAGAACAAAGGGGUGCAAAGUACAGAAGGUGGAAGACCAGAUGGUGAUUCCGAAUUCACAUAUAUUUGUGCGAACUCAAUGUCUUGUACCACAGAAACAAUCAUUGAUGAUCAAAAGGAAAGCCACAAGAAAUCAUUUGAUGAAUUGAUAUCAUCAAGGAUUGCUGACAUAAUGGCUACAUGUCUUAGCAAGUUACCUAAAGUCAUAGCAAUGAAAUGUCACACCAAUGUGAUAGAGAAAAGGGAGGCAAGUGUCCAAGCUGCAGCCAAACUUCUAGGUGAGACUAAGGAGAUGAUCAUGACCCUUCAAGAACCUUCUAGGCAUGCUCCAAGUAUGAAUCCAGAUGACUUAUCAUUAAGUGAAACCUGAAUCAAAUUGUUUCUUUAAGUAAUGAAGGCGGAGCUGAUAUGAUUCUCAUGGGCCACACCUUUACUCCACAAAGUGAAUCAGAUGAGAUCGAGAACAAGUUAAUAUGCUUCUUUUUAUAGUACGUUGUGUAUUAGUUUCUAGUUAAUUUGUAAAACAAGUUCUUCUGCCGAAGUCCUUGGUUGUGUAAUAGUUUGUGCUCUUUCCUAGUUCAGUUGUAAGAUACAUGUUGCUUGUUAUAUGUAUUUGAUUUUUGUUUGGUUUGAGGAA